CUCACUUCUCUGGCUUUCACCCGACGAGUUGCAUAUUGAGAAGCUCUUCUUCAGACUUCAUUCAUCCAAAGAUGGCCUACCCAACAACAGUAGAGCAGUGUGGUAAUGGAGGAGGUUCUCCAUUUAAAUUUACUGGUGAUAAUAAUGGUGCCAGUUUGGAGAGGAUCUGGGUUUGGGUGGGAGGAUGGCAGAUCAAGGCUGUCAGGGCCUGGCUUACAGAUGGUAGAGAUGAAACCUUUGGAAUACCAUAUGGAUCCCAUCAAGAGUAUGUGUUUUCACCUGGUGAGUGUUUCACCUCGCUGUCCCUCUGGGGGAAUGGAGCAGGAACACGCUUGGGGGCCAUCAAAUUCAAGACCAACAAGGGUGGAAAAUUUUUUGCAUAUAUGACAAGUUGGGGUUUAAAAACAGAGUAUCCCAUGGAUGUCGGCUCUGGAUUUUGUCUUGGCAUUAUGGGAAGAUCAGGUUCAGACAUCGACCUCAUGGGGUUCGUGUUUCUCAAUGCAGUUCAGUCAACUGUUCUCACCAAUGUCAACUAUCCCACCAUCAACCAGCUGAUCCCAAAGGUGGCUAUGGAAGAGAUCAAGUCGAUCACUUAUGAGAACAAAACCUCAGCUACUCAACACCAAAAAAUCGAAAGCUCGAAGAAGGUGAUCAAAAAAUCUUCAUGGUCUAUGACUUCCAGCUUCUCGUCAACAUUCAGUAUGGAGGUGAAGGCUGGGAUUCCCGAAGUUGUAGAAGUUUCGACAGGAUUCAGUUAUACUGUUGGAGUUGAAAGCACCUAUGGUCUGGAGGAGACGGAUGAGAGAAAUGAAACCCUGACCACCGCUGUUGUAGUACCACCACAGAAGAAGGUGGAUGUUGACAUCACCAUUGGCAGAGCCAGUUUUGACCUGCCGUACACUGGCACAGUGAAGAUCACUUGCAAGAAUGGCAGUGUGUUACAGUAUGAAACCAAGGGCCAAUACAAAGGCGUCACUUACACUGAUAUUAAAGUGAAUACAGUUGAAAAAGAUCUGUAAUGUCAAAACAGAUUGUUCACCAGCAGAGUAUCAGUUGAUUUACCUUUGAUUGGGUUUUGUCUGAGCUCUUCUUUAUUUGAUCCUUUCUAAAUGCGUCUUUGCUUAAUAACUUUAAAAAGAGGAAACAUAUACUCAGCAUUGUUGUUUUUACAUAAUCAUUUCAUAUUCUGUUAAAGAAUGAUCUUAUAGCUUCAAACCUUUUGUAAUCAGUGGCAGAUCAUGUGAUUUCACUUCAUAUAAGAAUUUCAAGUGUUUAAGCGAACAUAGAAUAAAAAG